AUGGCAGAUUCCGGACCUGUGGGUAGCGCCGACCGUCCCUCUGCGGCCUCUGCACAGGGAACUACACGGAACUUGACUGCCACUCGAGAAGGAUCUUCCUCCUCCAGAUCGUCCACUCUUUCUUCGUCUGCAUCGACGUCAAGCGAUGGCAGCGCCGUGUCCGGAAGCGCAGUCAGGACAGAUGGCAAAAGCAGCGGAUCGCCGGGCGCUUCCGCGACCACGGCGGGGAGUGCGAUGGGACCCAGCAGCCCGUCUUCUGGCAAGAAGGCCGGCAGCGGAGAGGCGCUUCAGAAGGGGAACUCAAAGGGGUCGAGUGGGGGCAAACAUGGCUCUUCCAGCAAAGGCACGGGCGGCUCCGGGCCCUCGUGGAAGAACGGUACUAGCCACUCGAGCAAAACCGCGUCGGGGAGUCAGGGUUCAACUGGCCAAGGCAAUCCGAAGAACAGUUCGGGCAGUCAGAGCCACAAGCACGGGAACGACAGUUCCCAUGGAGGGAAUUCCUCAUCGGCGAAGAAGGACUUGGGCGGCUUCGACAGCGAGUUGAGUGCGCGCGAGCUGCGGAAGAUAAAGUACUACGAAGAGAUGUUUGCCAGACUCGCGAACGAAGAGCGUCAGAAGCAAAGCGGCACGCCGUCCAGUUCGUCGUCCGGCGCGACUGGGACGAGUUCCGCGAGCGGCGGCAGCUCGGAGAAACAGUCCAAGAAGGGCGGGCCUCACCGCGGCGACGGCUCGGGCGGUGCCUCGAGCAAAGCGUCUGGAGGAACCGGCCGCAGCGAGGGUUCCACGGACAGCCAAGACACGCAAGUCGAGAGGACCAGCCAGGCAGCGUCUCCUGGCCCUCCUCAGCAGCCGGCGUCUCAGAGUUCGGGUGCAGGCAGUGCCAGCCGAGGGUCUGGCGGCGCGGGCACGAAACGAAAACACAGCCGCGUUAUCGAUUCAACCGACGACGAGGGGCCGCCUACGUCGCCUCCGCGGGCGUCCAACAAGCGACCCGCCGUGGGCAAAGGUGGAGCAGCGAGUGAACCGGUCGCCGCCUUUCAGACGUCGGGCCCCGGCUGCAGCGGUGGUCCGUCGCGCGCACUGCCCACCAGCGGCGCUGGCGGGUCGGACUCGCAGCGAAAGGCGGAGAAGCCUGUUAGUCGAUACCAGCCUGGUGGCCCGGCCGCAGACGCCUGCCGGGGGGCGGCGGCAAAGACCGCGGGGAAGAGCGAGUCAAGUGCGGGUCCGCGUCAGGCGUCCAAAGACGCCACAAGCAGCUCCACGAGCACGAAGCCGUCUCCUCUGCCCCACGCGAGCGGCGCGGCCCCGUCAAAGGGCCACAGCCACCCCCCUGUGUCGGGGAGUGGGAGCGCAGCGCCUCCGUCUCGCUCGGGGUUCAGAGGGGAGUCUGACUGGGGAUGGGCCGGACGCGGAAACGGAGGCGAGGCGAGCAAGAAGAAGCCGCGCGCAGCGGUGCCAGUCGCGUCGGCCAGGGACGACGAGGAAGACAGCAGCAGUAGCAGUAGCAGCGGUAGCAGCGGUAGCAGCAGCAGUAGCAGCAGUGGGAGCAGCGACAGCAGUGAAGGCGAGGGUGGAGCUCCUCGAAGUAAAAUCAGCCGUUCCAAAGACGGUCUGUCGCGGAGCGACGCCGCAGGGGGCGGGUCCCUCGCGAACUCUCGUGGCAAGCGACUGGCCGUGGCUGCCCAGCCGCGGAAGCGCCAAGCGAGCUUUGGCAGCGGAGGUUCUGGAGGUGCGACGGAUGUCCCGCGCCGGGGCGACGCGUCAGGCGUUUCGGUGUCUGCGUCAAAAAGUGACAAGAAGGGAGCGAGCGCGUCGGCAGUGUCGCAGCACCAGGGCGGCGAGGGACCGAAGAAGCCGCCCAACGCGCGUUUGUCGAGCUCGGGGACUGCCGGGUCAGGGGCGUCCGCCUCCGGAUGGGCUUCCGGCUCUGGAAAGUCCGCGCCGCCGCAUCAGCGGCCCAGUUCUGGCAGCGUGUCCGAUGAGAAGAGCGGCGCAGACAGUUGGGACGACUCGACCUCCCGAGCAGGAAACCCGACGGGUGUGGACAGCAGCACUGGCGGAGGAGCGAAAGCUGAGAAGAAGGCGUCGACGGAUGACAUGCGACGCAAGCCGCACGGCUCCAACGGCUCAGGGAGAAGCCUGGUGACAUCCACCAAGGGCGCACCAGGGAGUAUCGCGGGGACCGGAGACGCGAGCCACUUGCGCGCUGCCUCAGACCUUCACGGAGGUGAGGCCGAGGGGCUGAGACCGGGGGGCUGCCGCGUUCUUGUCAAGGGGGAAAAACACGAGCGCGCAGGCAACGGUCCGAGAACAGGCAGCGUGAAGCAAGAGAAGGACGGCCAGGCGGGGGGGCUAGCCGCUGUGGGCGGCCGUGUGGGUGACGGGGUCGCGGCGCAAGCGUUCCACGAGAAGAAUCCGUGGGAAGUGGAGGGCUCGGCGGGGGCGGAGAGAGGCAGUUGCGUUCGGGAUCUGCCCGUGGAGGGCGCAGUCGGUCUGGACAGUCGCGUCCCGGGAUCCACUUUCGAGGCUUCCAAUCGCCGCGGGCCUUCGCCUCUCGGCAAAGACACACGGUCGGGUCCGUGUCCACCUGGUGAUUCACGGAAGAAAGCUGCAGAAGAAGGCGGGUCGGCGGCAAGUCGAAGCCGGAGCGCGUCCCCCUCAGCGGCGGCGGGGGCAGACGUUGGGGGAAGUAAAGGUGAGGGGGGACUCGCAGGAUCGGGAGAGAAGGGAGGCAGAGACAGCCUUGCUUCUUCGCACGCGAAAGAGUCUCUAGGGAGGGCAGAAGCUGGAUUGAAAGGCGCGGCGGGGGGUGCGACGGCGCCUGGGCGACAAACUGCGGGCAAACGCGGGAACACCGGGCGCGGUGGAAGCUUCGGAGCUGGCGUAGCCGGGAAGAGCCCCGCGCAAGAACCCGGCAGAGAGGGCCAGGCGAGUUCCCCAGUGGCUGUUCCUCGCGGAGGUUCGGAACUCGCCGGAGUGUCGCAGCCGAGUGCGACGCGUGCGGACAGUGAUGUGACGCAGUCCCGGGCGAGUCAGGGCGCCGCCGCUCCUUUCGGCAAGAGGGCGCAUGGGCCCCGCGGGUCGGGUGAGUCGGUGGCGGCUGAAAUGGACAUGGCAGGUCGUGGGAAGGGAGAAGCAGAGAAGGCGCACGCGUCAGGAAACGGUCGCAGCCCUGUGGCACUCUCGUCUUCCAGAGGAGCGCGACGGCGGACAGAUGAGAGCGUGGAAGCGGUCAGGUCUGGGGUGGUCAGUGAAGGCAGCGCGUCCGAGGCGGAAUCUGGAGUGCGGGUUUCCGGCGCAGCGGAGACCGUUGAACGGCCCGUCUCAGCCUCCGGAGGCGGCGGCACCGCUGAUAAAGCAAUGCGUUUUGGCCAGCCCCCAGGCAGUUCCGACAGCCCGACAGUGAGCGUUUGUCCACCGCGGGGCGGGCAUCAUCCGGCCCGUUUGCAGCCGGUGCAAAGCAACACCCAGCAGGCCUGGAGCGGCGCGGGAGGAGGAGCGGGCGCGUCGUGCUCGAGAGGUCCGAAGCCGCCCGCACCUGCUGCCGCGCGACUUCUUUCAGACGGCUCACCUGCGUGUCGCGUUUCGCCGUCACGUCUACAGGGACUCCAGCGGCAGGUCGCCGCCUUUGGAACCGAAGCUGGAGACGACGAAGGUGUCCUUUCCCCGCCACUCCCACUGCUGGCGAUCGCUCGUUCGUUGGCUUCGCAGCCUGCCACGAGCACGCCGCUGCCGGCUUCGUGGCGACGAGCCUCGAGUCCCCACGGCGGGAAUUGCUCAGUUCAGAGUCGAGGAGCCGGGGGGUCGGUGUCGGGUUCCGCGGCCGAGCUCGGCAGAAGCAGGCAAGACGACGUUUCAAGCAGAUGCGCGGGCGGUCAGGAGUCGCUCAGUCCAGAGGCGUGCAAGCAUGCAGGAGCAGUCGGGCAGCGCGGCGGGGGGGGCGGAGCGGCGUCGGCCUCAGUCUGCGGUGACCGUUCAGAUCUUUCUGCUCUUUCGCCCGUGGUAGGGCCGCGAGUGGGCCGCGUGAGCUACCAGCUGGUGGAGGAAGGCGGCAAGACCAUCAGAUCUUGUCCAGCGAGUGCGGCGGACGCGUCGAGUGACGCGGACUGUGCAGGAGCCUCUGUCAGCAAUAAGGAGUACGCGGAGGCGUGCUGCAACGUUGUCCCAACUCGAGACUGGCGACGACUUCUCCUUGGAAAUUCCUGCGAGGGAGGCGCCGAAGAGAAGACCCAGGAAGAGAAAGCCUCAGUGGGGGGGACAGCGAGGAGCACGCCUGCGAGUUCAGGCGCGAUGACUUGCGUGAAAUCGGAUUUUGACAAGAGAACAUCCACGUCUGAUACAGAUAGUAAUGCUGAACUGAAACAGGGAUUUUCCUUUGGCGAGCGGACGAACAAAUCCAGUGCGUCUGUUGCGAGGCCCCGGGAGUCUCCUCACAUGCCCCUUUCGGAAGGGGUUCAGCCGCCUCUGCCGCUCAAUGGGCGGUGGCUGACGAGCCUGUCGUGGAAAGCGCAACUCCUUCGGAAGGUUUACAAUGCGGGACGCUCGUAG